UGUGUUCUACGAACGGUUCUUAUUUCACGAUCUCUUCUCCGAUUCCAGCAAGAGUUUUCUUCGUCUCAGACGGACAAGGUUUUCCUUCAAUCUCUCGCUGAAAUGGCGUUUGAAUCCAAGCCUGCUGCUUCUCGAGGCUUUCUCUCUGGCACCAGUUUUGAUCUACUUAGGAACCGGAACUCUGUCACAGGAUCCCUGGGAUCACAGACUAGCGUUCCUCCCCUUGGUUGUCGUCCGCUCCAUGCUAGCAGCAUUCUAUCUGAAUCGGCAAAAGGCAUCACCUCUAAUCGCCCAUUAUCGCCCAAUUUAAUCUUAAAGAAGCCGCAGCUAAGUGCUACAUAUUCAAUCUCUCAUAGAAUAUUUGGAGCUGCUCUGGGCACUGCCAUUCUCAUAACCCCAAUUAUCAUGAAGUUCAGUGUUGUCUAUGAUGUGUGAAACCAUGAAUGGCAGUUUGUCUUUGAGACUCAUGGGCUAAUGAAUAAGGACACAAUGUUUUCUUCAAUGUUUUUGGCCCUCUACCUUGCAGGUGUACGAGUUCCUUAUGGAUAGAAUAAGGUCUUCUGUUGUGUUUCGAACUUUAAAUUUGGAUGUUGAAUUACAUUAUUUGCCAGAGGUUACUGGUACUCAUAUUAGGUUUUUCAUCAGCUUAUUCUCCUGGCAGCAUUACAUAGUGAUUUUAAUCA